GUGUUUUAGUCCCAUAAGUCUAACAAUUUAUGUUGUUUUCUCCUCUUUUCUUCUCCUAUUUUUCAUCUACAGCUAAGAUAGAGAAAGGUCCGGAGAACAUCGUGGUUGUCCGGCAGACUUCCGCGACUCUCUCGUGUAACUUCACGGGAACCCCGCAGCCCAAGGUCACCUGGUGGAAGCGGCAGGAUCAGCUGAAGGACGGGGAUCGCAUCACCCUGACGACCAACCAGCGACUCAGCGUUUUAACCAUCGACAGUGUGGACAGGGCAGACGCCGGACGCUACACAGUCAAGGUGGACAACGGGCUGGGCAAGGACGAGGCCACUGCAGUUGUCUCCAUCGUCGACCGCCCAGAGCCGCCCAUGGGGAAGCCCACAGUAAAGGACAUCACAGCUUCAUCCCUGACAGUGUCCUGGCGCAAACCUAUGUCUGACGGUGGCAGCAAGAUUUUGGGUUACACGCUGGAAAUGUACGAUGUCGGCGCCGACACGUGGUCCGAGGUGACCUCAGGGUGUAAGGACACGACCCACAUGGCCGAUGGACUGCUUCCGGGUCACAAGUACCAGUUCCGGGUCAGCGCACAGAACAAGUACACCGGGAGCGAGCCGGGGAAGGUCUCAGAUGUGGUGAUCACGAGGGAGGAGCCAAAAGAAAACGGCGUGCUGAACGGUCACAUGACUACGAAGCAGUCCGCGAACCAAAGCAGGGUCAAAGUUCACACAGAAAAGAAACUGGAGGACCUGUAUGAUGUCAAGGAGAAGCUGGGAGAGGGGCGCUUCGGCAAGGUGUACAAGGCCGUCCAGAAGUCCUCGGGGAGCGAGUUUGCUGCCAAGCAGCUGUGCGUGAGCGACCCCUGUCAGAUGGAACAGGUACUGCAGGAGGUGGAGAUCAUGCGGCUGUUGGACCACCCAAAACUCAUCCAGCUGGCCGAUGUCUUCAGGCAGAGGAACCAGCUCACCCUAGUGCUCGAGCUAGUGUCCGGUGGCGAGCUGUUUGAGCGAGUGAUCGACGACGACUUUGUGCUGACAGAGAAGGACUGCGUCAUCUUCACUCGGCAGAUCUGCCAGGGCGUCGGGUUCAUGCAUGACCAGGGAGUCCUGCACCUUGACCUGAAGCCGGAGAACGUCCUGUGUGUGAACCGGACGGGGAACGAGAUCAAACUCAUCGACUUCGGGCUGGCCCGGAGGUACAACCCACAAGAGGAACUCAAGGUGAUGUUUGGCACACCUGAGUUUGUCGCACCUGAGGUCAUCAACUACGACAAGAUCGGCUACGGUACUGACAUGUGGAGCGUUGGCGUCAUCUGUUAUGUCCUGCUGAGUGGUUUGUCCCCGUUCAUGGGUGAAGACGAAGCCGAGACGCUGAACAACGUGACUGAAGGAGUCUGGGACUUUGAAGACGAGGCCUUCGACUCCAUCUCAGGAGACGCCAAGAACUUCAUCGAGAAACUCCUCCUUAAGGACCAGGGAAGCCGCCUGACAGCUGCCCAGUGCAUGUCCCACCCCUGGCUGCAUCAGGAGGCUGCCAGCAACACCAAACUCUCCAAGAACAACCUCAAGAAGUACAUGGCAAGGAAACGCUGGCAGAAAACCGGGAACGCGGUCCGCGCCAUGAGCCGCCUGGCGUCUCUCGGACGGCUCGCUUCGCUCGGUGGGAAGCGCUCCAAGGGCGCCGGCGGCUUCCUCUCCAAGGUCAAGGACCAGCUGGCCAAGGAGGAGCAGGCGGAAGACAAACCCAAGGAGGAGCCGAGAUUCCUUAAGAAGAUCGGCGACCUUCAGGUGGUGGAGGGCGAAUCGGCCAUGUUUGUUUGCAAGGUCGCCGGCGUGCCGGAACCCAAGGUCACGUGGUUCCGCGACGGCGAGCGUAUCCAUAGCAACAAGGAUUACCAGAUGCAGCGGAUGCCCGACGGAGGCUGCACACUCCUGGUUGUCAGGGCAACGGAGGAGGACGAUGCGGAGUACGAGUGUCGCGCCGAGAACGAGGCAGGGAAGGUCACGUGUCGGGCGGAACUGCUGGUGGAGUUGCCAGUUCUUGGUGCGGAGGAUCGUCUUGAAGACAGCGGUGGAAGCUCCACCCCCAGCGUUGUUGUGGAGAGUUGUGAGGCGUACCUGGGCCGGACGGGGUCCAUCACGGUACUGGUGACAGGUGUGCCCAAACCGCACGUGUCCUGGCACCGGCACCUGCAGAAACUACACACGGACAGGAAGUACCGUGUGCUGUCACGUGACCAUGUGUGCUGUCUGAGACUGCGCAGAGUGGAGCCGCGUGACGCGGGGGAGUAUCUGUGUGUGGCCACCAACCCCAGCGGGCGGGAAACCACACAGGUCACCCUAAAGGUCAAAGGUAAGCUCACCAACCCCAGCGGGCGGGAAAUAACACAGGUCAUCCUGCAGGUCAAAGGUAAGGCCUCCAACCCCAGCGGGCGGGAAACCACGCAGGUCAUCCUGCAGGUCAAAGACCCACCUCCUGUCAUGACGUCAGAGUCGCCCCGUUCGGCGUUCCGAACCUUUGGUGACGUCACCGACAAACCGGAAACGGAAGUGAAGAAAACGCCGUUCGGUGUGCUGCGCAAGAUCAUCACCAGGGGGCAUCCACUGCUGAGGAGACAGGAUGCCCAGGAGCAGGAGGCGCCGCUGUUCGAGCGGAACUUGUCGGACCAGGAAGCCGAGGAGGGCCGAGAGGCGCGCUUCCGCUGCACGGUGUCGGGCCUCCCGGACCCCGCCGUCUCCUGGCGCAAGGACGGACGUGACGUCACGCACGCCCGGAAGUACGUCAUGGAGAGAGACUCGCACGGCGGCUGCUCAUUGGUGGUUCCCAUGGUAACGAGAGAGGAUGAGGGAGAGUUUGCCUGCGUGGCUAAGAACGAGGCUGGCAAGGCUAAGACGUCGGGUCGGCUGAAGGUCAAACCUCAAGGUUCCACGAUGCCGAACGCGUUUGACACGGACAUCACGCGCGUGCUGAGCCGCAUGCAGGCCGCUUCUCUCUCCGCGCAGGAGAUAGACCCGGUGGACGCCAAGCUGCCCAGGUUUGAGAGGAAGAUCACGGACACGGAGGCGCGGGAAGGCGGCAGGGCCAAGUUCAGGUGCAAGGUCACCGGGAAACCCCCUCCUCAGGUCACGUGGUACAAGAACGGCCAACCAAUCUCCGCCAACAGCAGCAAGUACGUCACCAUCCAUGACGCGGACGGCACAUGCGCACUGCUCGUCCUCAAAGUGGAUGACGACGAUGACGCAGAGUACGUCUGCAAGGCCACGAACUGCGCAGGCGCGGCCGUCUGUAGUGCGGAACUGAUUGUUGAGCUCGCGUCUGACGGCAGAGACGACACGGACACGGAGGAGGGCGCCACCAUGCGGCGGUCUCCCAUCUCUGCAUUCCACCCUUUGUCGCCCCGGCGGACCCCCCUCCCCACCAUCGCGCCCGUUACCGUGGUGGAGACGGGGUACGAGGCCUCCAUGGACUCAUCAGCCGCCCAGGACAGUGACGCCGCUGACGAGCUGAUCUUCCCGGUGAUCCUGGAGACCGGCCCGUUCGUGUCCGUGCAGGAGCCGACCGACAGCAGCUCCCUGUCCCGCCCCGACUCAGUCUCCUCCGCCGCCUCCCUCAACACCCAGCUGGUCAUCCGCAAAACCAGCCCCAGCCCGUCCGAGCAGGACCGGAGACUCUCCCCGCUCGGGUAUCGAGAUACCUCUGACUCCGUGGUGUCCACGGACACGCUGGGUGUGCUAGGUAAAGGUAAGGGCAGUACCAAGUCCAGCAGGAGCGCCAGUCCGAAGUCACGACAUCGCCUCUCGCCGAAAGCCUUCUCCGAUCUAGACGAAAGAAGGCUGGUGAAAAGAAAAAGUAGCAGAUCCGGUUUAGACAGUCCUUCUCCGAAACAGAUUUCUCCAAGACUCAGGAGAAGAUACAGCACCAGUUCUAGCCCGCCAUUUAAGAAGCAUCUCUCCCCCAAGACAAGACGAAGAAGCAGCAGUAAGUCCAGUCGCAGCCCCAGCCCCUCCCCCAAGCAGUUCUCCCCAAGACUCAUGAGAAGGAGUCUUCAAGAACUGGACUCCAGCAGCUCGGACUCGACCAUGACCUCCCCGCAGAGGUCACCGAAGCUGAGAAGACGCAGCAGGAAGCUCAGCAGGAGCCCCAGCCCGGUAAGACGGAGGCGCUCUCCUCAGCCGGUGACUCAAGACGUGGAGGCGACCAUGCAGGCCCUGAGUAGGACCAACAGUCCCGGGCACAGACGCUCGCCCAAGCCUGUGGUGGGGAUAGAAGUCCAGGAGUCUAUAACUGGUGGGAGGAGGUCUAAGGAGGCUAGCAGGAGGGGUUCUCUGUCUCCGACCAUCCUACCCUUGUUAGAAAAUAUGGUUACAAGCACGCCGAUCAUUAAAGACGGCUUUCUGAGCCCCAUGCACGGCCUCAGUAGAACUACGAGCCCGUCAGAAGCGCCCCCAGUGCCGACUAUUGGUGUUGCAGUUGCAGGAGGCCGGCGGUCAGCUGGCUCCAGUAGAAGCGGGUCUCGCGGCAUUUCUCCCACCCCUUCCAUAGAGAUAGAAGUUUCGGAGAGUAAGACCGGAGGCAGAAGAUCGCGGGCCUCCAGUUCCGCCAGUUCACGCGCCAUGUCGCCAACACCCUCCAUAGAAAUCGAAAUCAUUCCAAGAUCUCGGCCCUCCAGCGCGGCGAGCUCUCGCGGGAUCUCGCCGACUCCGUCCCUAGAGGUGGAGGUCUCCGAGAGCAAAACGGGAGGUCGAAGGUCAAGGACUUCCAGUGGGGGAGCGUCUCCAAGUCCUUCCAUAGUUCUAGACGAGUUCGAGACGGUAGAAGAGGAGCCGGACUUGGAGAAAGGACCGGAUUUGGCGAAGGAUCCGGAGUUCCAUUUUCUUAGAGUUCCGCCGAGGUUAAGUUUCGGAGGACAUUCCAGACCUUCCAGCUCUGAGUACGAGACGCCAGAUGAGGAACCUUCUGAAAGCCCUGAGCCGACAGAGGACGCGACAAAGCCAGGGAAACUCCACCUGCCCAGACCUCUGGCAGGUCCAGACAGAGAAGGGUUCCUCCCCAGUGGCCGGCGGAACCUGGCGGUGCAGACAGCCGAGUUCACCGAACCACUCAAGAACCUGUCUGUCCAGGAGGGGUCAGAGGUCAGACUGGACUGCAGGGUCGCAGGCCUUCCCAAGCCCACCGUGUUCUGGUUUAAGGAUGGGAGCGAGGUGCGGCCGCUCAGACUGGGGGUGGAGAUCAGGACUGAGGAGGAUCGACAUACGCUCUACAUACCUGUGGCACAGAACAGCCACGAGGGAGUGUACAUGUGCCGUACUGAGAAUGCAGCAGGGGUGGCCACCUGCAGUGCCAUGCUCCACGUACAGGGGGCGCCGGUGGAGCGCUCCACUAGCUCAGGGGAGGAACACGUCAGCAGCUGCAUCAGCAGCUUCUCGCCUAUGACCAACACCUCAGGAAGCUCGACCUGUGAGAACCUCACGGACCACACUUCGGAGACGAACUCGCAGGAGGGCUGGUGCACGCCGGAGCAGCUGUCGGAUGUGGAGGGGUCACCGGAGUUCAUCAAGGAGCUGGAGUCUCUCCACGCCGUGCAGGGCAGCAGCGUCAUCUUCGAGUGCGAGGUCACGGGGUCACCCGCGCCCACCGUCACCUGGUACAAGGAUGGCCAGCCACUAGUGGAGGAUGGAGACCACGUCUCCUUCGAGUCUCGAGACGAUGGUACCUUCCUCCUUACCAUCAUCGAUGUACAGAACCUGGAUGUUGGGACCUACACCUGCCGGGCUGCCAACAGUGUGGGGGACGUGGUGACACAUGCAGACCUGCUGGUCUCAGUUGCGUCGAGCAGUAGAACAACAUCGGUGAGCUCCUACAAGGCGUCAGGGCUGGAUGAGCUGCCUUCAGGGCAGUCCUUCGAAAGUCUGGGGACCAGUAAGGAGGAGGAGCUACAGAUACUGGAGCUGUUACCUGCAGUGGGACCGGAUGUCUUACAUCUCAGGAGAGGAACGACCCCGCCCCGCCCGGGGUCGCGGCCGGACAGCUCAGCAUCCUCCGACUCCAACCCCAUCAAGAGGCUUCGGCUGGAGCACGACUUUGUGUCUGACUUCAGCGAGACAGAGGACUCUACUAAGAGUGCUGAGCAGUACACAGUAGUGAGUGACUACACACCUGAUGAUACAGAGCAAGACAGGGUUCCGCUGAAGGAAGGUCAGAUGGUUGAGGUGUUGGACUCGUCCAGCCCGGACCUGUGGCUGGUGCGGACCGUGCCCUCCCCCCCUGAACCCGCCCAGGGCUGGAUCCCCCCCUCCUUCCUCCAGACCCUCCCCCACUCCCCCUCCACCCGCAAAGGCAAGUCUGAGACGUCUUGUGAGACGUCUGGAGACGCCGAGAAGAAACAGCCGAGGAGGGGCAGCAAGGAGAUGGAGGCAAGCAGUAAGAGAAGGUUUGUCUUGGAGGAACUACUAAGGACGGAGGGUGACUACGUACGGGACCUGAAGUUUGUAACCGACCACUACAUCGACAUGUUUGACUCCCACACGCUGCCGUACCUACUCAGGGGGAAACGGGACAUCAUCUUCAUGAACAUAGAACAGAUUUAUGACUUUCAUAGUAGUAUAUUUAUCCAUGAGCUGGGAACGUGCAAGAAUGAGCCCAGCAAAGUUGGCAAGAUUUUUGUAAAAUGGCAACACAAGUUUGACAUGCAUGUGGAGUACUGUAAGAACAAGCAGAGAUCAGAAACGCUUCUGUCCACCAGUGCAGCCAGGAACUUCUUUGAUGACUACACCAAGAGAAAUGACGAGAGGAAGCUGACUUUAUCAGACUAUCUCAUCAAACCAGUACAGAGGAUCACCAAGUACCAACUCCUGCUCAAGGAGCUGGUUAAAUAUACCACAAGAGCCAAGCUGGACAGCACUGAUUUAGAGCAUGCCCUUGGAGUGAUGGUGGACGUUCCCAAGCGAGCCAACGACCUUCUGCACAUCAGCAUGAUUGACGGUUUCUAUGGUAACCAGGAAAACGUCGGCAAGCUUCUGAGACAGGAUUCCUUCAUGGUUUGGGACGGGAGGACGACCAAGGGUCGCGGGAAGGAGCGGCACAUUUUCCUGUUCACCAACAUGGUUCUGUUCACCAAGCGCAAACGCAACAGUCUGGAGAGCAUCGAAUACCCCUACAAGGGCCUCAUGAGGGUUUAA